UAAUUUUUAACGAAAAGUUUAAAACAUUGAUUUUCAGAGUGCUUACUCAUAACGAGGAAGUGUGAUGAAUCAAUGUUGUGUUAAUGUGCACGAAAAUGUGUUCUUGAAAAUCUGAUAAGCAAUCUAGCUAUUUGCUUUUGAAAUCUGCAUCAAUAUUUUAAUUACUAAGGACUGUACAAUAUUUGACCAAAUGGAGGCAAAGCUAAAAGAGUACAGAACACUUAAACGAAGAAAAGAAUUGAUUGACAAAACCAAGGAGAAGUUAGAAAAAACUAAGGACAAAGUUCUAGAUUUUUUAACCCCCAAAAUGUUUAAAGACAUGGAGAAAAGACAAGAAGAGGAAGUGUUAUUGUUGGAAGACGAAGAACAUGAAGAAAUUAUGAGAAAUCCUACCAUGGAAGAGACUGUAGAGGAAAUCGAAGAAGAACCAGAAAUAGAGGAGAUUCCAGUGUCUUGGAGAUAUGUGAUCACAAAAUGGACAAUAAUCCUUAUUAUAUGGCUGGCACUUUAUGCAUACUUUUUAAAAGUACAAUUUGGUGCUGUGUUCUUUGGGAUAUCUUUGUUAGUAUUUAUAUGUGUGAAUACAAGAACUAGGCCUAAGAAACGGGGUGAAGUAUCUGCAUAUAGUGUAUUCAAUAAGGGCUGUAGGAGUAUAGACGGUACAACAAAAGCUGAAGAUCUUCAAAAGCAGAUGUUGUAUGGUGGGAGAUUGUUUUAGGUUUAGGUUAAUUUCAAUAAUUAUUAUUAACUAGUAUUUAGCAAACAUCAAUGGGUAAUGUGUUGUAAAUAUUUAUUAAAUUAUUACUCAUGUAAGUAAAUUGUUAUGUUCAUAAUAAUUAUUCCAUGAAGAAUGUGGAAUCUUGCUCAACACCUCCAUCGUGGGUAUCGCAGACGCCAGACACAAU